AUGGGAGCAAGGAACACAAGAGCUAGUUUAUCCCCUCUACAUGCAGAGGUGGAGGCUCUAAUUUGGGCAUUAGAGUGUAUGAGAAACCUAAGACAGCGUCAGGUGACGUUUGCAACGGAUUGUUCUCAGUUGGUAAAGAUGGUGUUGGAACCAGAGGAAUGGCCAGCUUUUGCACCUUAUUUGCAGGAAAUCAAGAAAUUGCAAGAAAGCUUUCACAAUUCACAGAUCAUUCAUGUACCAAGAACGGAGAAUUCAAGGGCGGAUUGUCUAGCACGAGGUGUCAGACAGCAAUCGUCUUUCGUCGUUCACAUGGAUGCUGAGUUACCUAACUGGAUUACGGAGUCUAUAUGA